CAAAUCUGAUUGGAUGUCUAGGUAUUAUUGAUUGUAAACAAGGUUGUACUUCAUGUUUAACAUUCACCCACAGUUGUAAUAAUCAACGUGCAAAUGCAAACCGGAUGAAACUUUGCGAUAAAAUCCGAAGCAUCACACCCGAUGAUGUAUCAGAUGGUAUAAUAAGAGGGAUUGAUGAUGUCAUAAAUAGAUGUAAUUGUAAUGUCAUACACAACGUUUACAUUGCAUCACCUCCAUCACAAUACCCUCUUAUGACAAAGUUACAACAAAUACUUCAUAAUCGACAUAAUGUUACAAUGCAUUAUGGGAAACAUCUGCAUGAUUACAUUCUCCAUAACUUUGGACAAUGUAGUUGGUUACGUCAGAAUUUCAAUGAUAUUUUAUCAACAAUUGAAAUGCAGCUUUGCAUUAAUUCCAAGGUCUUUUACAGAGCCACUGCAUCAAGUUGGUCCAACAAUGUUGUGAUGUUACGACAGCGUCAACUGUUCGAUCGGCCAUUUCUUAGUUUAAUCAAGAAUCUAUGACAAAUAUUUAUUUCAUUAAAACAUUACAAAUAUGUAA